CAGCAAUGGGUACACGUGUUUCGCAAACAGUUCCUGUGGUGCGCCUAUUGGUGCGGACUCGGCAUACUGUCCAGCGUAGGCCUGGGCACCGGUUUGCACACGUUUUUGCUGUAUUUAGGCCCACACAUAGCGUCGGUAACGUUGGCCGCAUACGAGUGCGAUUCGCUAGACUUUCCAUCGCCUCCCUAUCCGGACGAAAUCAUAUGCCCGGUGCCCACCCCUGGCGUACACCCCGUGACGGCCGUUGCGAUCACCGUCUGGUCUAUUAUGUCGAAAGUACGUCUGGAGGCGUUCAUGUGGGGCGCCGGCACCGCAUUGGGUGAACUGCCGCCGUAUUUCGUGGCCAGAGCUCAUCGACUCGCCGGCGAAGACGAGGAGGAAUUGGACGCCGAUUUGGCCGAAGAGAUAGCCGGCGGUAGUGAGACGUCGGGCGCUGUGGGCACAGCCGGCGCUGCCAGCGGUGGUGGCCAGCGAUCGCUGGCCCAACGGUUUCGGUCAAAUAUGAUACGACUGGUGACUCGCGUCGGGUUCUUCGGUAUACUCGCGUGCGCUUCGAUACCGAACCCGUUGUUCGAUUUGGCGGGCAUUACGUGCGGCUAUUCAUUGGUGCCGUUCUGGACGUUCUUCGGCGCCACUCUUAUCGGCAAAGCGGUCAUCAAAAUGCAUAUCCAAAAGCUGUUUGUAAUCGUGGCCUUCAAUGAGAAUUAUGUCGAUCUGUUUGUCCAGAAGAGCCGGAGUAUACCAUACGUCGGCCAAUACCUUCACGAACCGUUGCGCGAGUUUUUGGCCAAACAAAAGGCCAGUCUUCACAGGGGAUCCGCUAAACACGCCGUCAAAGAGAGCUCAUGGCUGUCGACGAUCUUUGAAUGGGUGGUGAUCUCAAUGUUAGUGUACUUCGCGGUCUCUAUCGUCAACUCAAUGGCUCAAAACAACCAAAAACGGCGCCUAAAAGAGGCCCAACACUCGGCGCCCGAGUCCGGGGCCCCACUCCUGGCCGGCAGUAGUGUUAGAAAUACUGCCAAACAUUUAAAGUCUAAAUAA